CGCUGACUCAGACUUGUCAUACCACGCCCUAUAGCUACAACCAGAUGACUGUUAUUGAUCAACUCAUCUGAAGGCUUGCGAGGCUUCUCGUCUUUGGGCAUUCAACGGUACCACAAAUAUGGCACUCGCAGCCACUACGCAGAUUGCGGUUAUACUGUCUAUAUUCAUUUUACCAAUUCUCACAUAUCUUUACUUCAACAACGUUGAGGAAGUAAAGAGUACCGCUGGCCCUCUGCCACCUGCGACUGAAAUCACAGGCCUCUUCAUACACCCGAUCAAAUCAUGCCAUGGUUUGUCUGUGAAGUCAGCAAAGCUCUUGCCAACCGGCCUCGACCUCGAUCGACAGUGGAUGUGGGUGAGCUACCCGAAUUAUGAGUUCCUAACGAUCCGUCAAAACUCCAAGAUGACACUCAUCCGGCCGACAUACGACGAGAAGACUGAUACCCUUACCGUCACUGCACCAGCACCGGAUUCCAUUGAUGAGAAGCUGGAGUUCUCUAUCCCCGCUCACCCGUCGAAGGAAUGGCUCGAUCAGAAUACCGAGGAGCACUCGGCAAAGAUAUGGAGUACUACGACAGGAACUCGCGUGUACUCUACUGAAAUGACUGGCCCAUUCAACAAAUUCUUCGACAAGGAGGUGCGACUGGUCUACAAGCCCCCGGUUUCCGACGACCCCAGGCCUCUCGUAUCUAAUGGUGCACCAAAGGUCUUAGGCAGAGACGCAUCGACUUGUUUCCCGGACCUGAUGCCCGUGCUAGUUGGUAAUCAAAGCAGUAUUGACGAACUCAACACACGCCUCAAGGCCGCAGAGGACCUCACCAUCGAUGUUCGCCGAUUUAGACCUAACAUCCUCGUCAAAGGUGAUGUCAACGCUCCCUGGGACGAAGAUCGCUGGAAGACUGUCAAGAUCACGCCCAAGGCUGGUGAAAACCCCAUUGUCCUGGACAUCACCCAGCGAUGCGCGCGCUGUCAGGUACCAAAUGUACAUCCUGAUUCGGCAGAGAAGCACAAGACGCAACCUUGGGAUGCGCUGAUGAAGUACCGGAGGAUCGACGAGGGAAUUACAUACAAGCCAUGCUAUGGUAUGCUGGCUGUGCCGAAGACGGUCGGGGAUCUCAGGGUCGGAAUGAAGUUCGAGGUUACGGAGGUCACAGAUAAGCAUCGGUAUAUCGCUGGCUUCUGAAAAGACGAAGUAACGAUCUUCCGUCGUAACGCAAGCCGGUGUGAUAUAGUUGUCGCACAAUUCUCCACAAACGUUGUACAUCAGUUCGGAUCGCCCCUUUUGUCAGCCAUAACGGAUAUUUGUAGAGGCUAGCUACAAGCCGCGCCCAACCCCCUUCGGAGAGUGUACAUGCAACCAACUUGGAAGCACGUUUAGUCUACCACGAUUUUUCAGGAAAAUGUCGCAAAAAUAGUUGGAUCUUCACAGACUCCACAUGCGAACGCUAGCAAUAAUGACGAAACGAUUGAUGAUCUAUCUAAUCUGCAGCG